AUGGCGCUACCCCAGUCCCACGCCGAGAAGACGGUGGAAAAAGUCGAGGCUGAUCAGAUUGAGGAUAUCGAAUACGUCAAAGAUGGACAAGGAUUGAUGCACCUCGACGAUGGUGCUCAACGUGCCUUGACCCGAAAGGUGUUGUGGAAACUUGACACAAGAAUUCUUCCUGUGCUUGCCCUCUUGUUCCUCUGCUCGUUCCUCGAUCGUACCAAUGUCGGCAACGCCAAGAUCCUUGGCCUUGAAAAAAGCAUUGGCAUUAAUGAUCACCAAUACGCCGUCGGAUUGGCCAUCUUCUUCGCUUUCUACAUUGUCAGCGAGUUGCCCAGUAAUCUAGUCCUCAAGAAGGUGUCUCCCCGGAUAUGGUUGCCAUGCCUCACCUUCGCAUGGGGCAUUGUUGGCAUGUGUCUCGGCUUCAUCCAGAACUAUGCUGGAUUUCUUGUUGUCCGUGCCAUGCUGGGUGUCACUGAAGGUGGUCUGCUUCCCGGCAUGGUCUUGUAUCUCUCAGGAAUGUAUACCCGUGGAGAACUGGCAUUGAGAAUUGGACUUUUCUAUACUACGGCGUCCCUGUCGGGCGCUUUUGGUGGUCUUCUUGCGCGUGGUCUUUCAUCUAUCGGUGCUGUUGGCGGCGUGCACGCAGGCUGGCGAUGGAUUAUGAUCGUUGAGGGAUUGUUGACAGCUGUGGUUGGCGCUUCAGCUUAUUUCUUACUUCCGAACAACAUCUCGACAGCCAAGUUUCUCACAGAAGAAGAACGCGAGUUUGCUCUGUAUCGUCUGAGCAGAGACUACUCGUUUGGUAUCACUUCAGGAGUGACUACCGAGCCAGAACGUUUCCGCUGGUCCGAGGUUCGACGUGGAGUGUUGGACCCGUCGCUUUGGUUCUCGGCAUCUGCUUAUUUUGCAAUCCUUGCCGGGCUCUAUUCAUUUGGUCUGUUCCUGCCCACCAUCAUUGCUGGUCUCGGAUAUACUGCCAAUGAAGCGCAAUUGUGGUCAGUUAUUCCAUAUGCUGUUGCAGCUUGCAUCACUGUCGUUGCGGCCGUGUUAUCUGAUCGCCUCCGUCUACGUGGACCAGUAAUGUUAUGCACACUUCCAUUGGCCAUCAUUGGAUAUGCUGUCAUCGCAAAUGUCAAGUCAAAUCACGUCAAAUUUGGCAUGACCUUUAUGAUGGCAACAGGACUUUACGCGAGCGUACCUCCCGUCCUGGUCUGGAUCUCGAAUAACUCUGCUGGCCACUACAAGAGAGCAACAGCAACCGGUCUCCAACUUGCUAUUGCCAAUUGUGGUGGAUUUGUCUCUGCCUUUACGUACAAGAAGUCGGAGAAACCACAAUAUCACGAGUCCCAUACCACAGUCCUCGGUCUGCUUGUAUUUGCGUGGUUCAUGGUGCUUUUCAAUGUUCUUUAUUGUCACAAGGUCAACAAGGAUAAGGAAGCUGGCAAGUACGACCAGUACAUUGCAAGUGGAGACGAUCGUGAUCCAAGUUUCAAGCUCAUGCUGUAG